AACGGCGGCUGCUAUGGAUUCCUGCAGUUUGCGUGCAUGCAUUAGACGCUCUGCAUGCAUAAGCACUCAACGUCCACUCAUCAAACGGAACAUCACCAUGGCUCCCGCUCCACCUUCGCAAGAUGAUUUGGAAGGAUAUUGGGGCCCUCCAACAUCUACACUUGAUUGGUGUGAAGAGAAUUAUGUGACAUCUUAUUACAUUGCAGAAUGGUGGAAUACGUUAUCCAACCUAUUCAUGAUUGUGCUCCCUAUAAUCUCCAGUGUAUACAUGUGGAAAGAGAAUGUGGAAAUGAGAUAUAUCUGGGCUAACCUUAGCUUAUUAGUUGUUGGGAUUGGCUCAUGGUGUUUUCAUAUGACAUUGUUAUAUGGCAUGCAGUUGCUUGAUGAGCUUCCUAUGGUUUGGGGAUCAAUAGUCAUGAUUUACAUCAGUUUUGAGAGCUGUGAAAAACCAGGGAAUUUGAACACAAAGCUCCUUACAGCUCUGUUCAUCUACUGUUUAUUAAUAACCAUCAUUUACCUCACAGCCGUCAAUCCUCUUAUUCAUCAGGUUGGAUAUGGGUUUUUAGUAGUGCUACUGGUUGGGCGUGGUAUAUAUAUGUUACGAUACUAUGGAAGGCACAAAAACAAGUUCCUCUACGCAUAUUGCUUAGGGCUGUAUGCAUUUGCAUUCUUCCUUUGGAACAUUGAUAACAACUUAUGCACAAGCGUUAGAUCCCUCCGCAAGUCCCUGCCAUUUCCUUUAAGUGCAGUAACACAGCUACAUGGCUGGUGGCACAUAAUGGCGGGCACCAGUACUCAUUGUUUUGUCAUUUUAAUGUGCAACUUUAGAUCAAAUUACCUACGACGGGAAAAUAAACUCGAGUAUACUGCUGGUCUGAUUCCAUUCGUCCGUCAUCCGGUGAAAGGUUACGAGAUGAAUCACAACAUGUAAAGGUCAAAGGUCAUCAGGGGAGCAUUUCGUGAAAGGACUCGUGGGAUAUUUCAUCAGACAAGGCCUGCUUUAUUCAACAGUUACCAUGGUAACAAUCAGACAUCUGUGCUUCUCAGCCAAUCAAAGCCAAGGAUAGUUUUCAGAACUGACAUCUUUUCAGACGACAAAUGUUGAUGGAAAAAUCCCCUUGCUUCACGUCCAGAGUUGAUGAUGCUUAUUGAUGGUUGUUUUUGUUUUGGUCUGUAUACUUCUUGGGUUGAGCAAAGAAGAUUUUUACAAUCAGGACACCAUAUAAAACAAGUUUAAUAUCUAUCGAACAUGGGGCUAAUUUCAUCAAUUGAUUGCAUUAUUAAUGUGAUUGAUCAAUCUUAAAAAUCAGCUCCAUGAUCGAUCGCUUAUAGCAUUUCAGGAUCCAAAUGAAGGGAGCUUAUAGCAACUCAAAGAAAAACUAAACACCUGAAUUUCACGUAGUAAUAUUCAGUAAGAAAUUUUAAUGAAGUCAUCAAAAUAGAAUAGAAUAAAAUUUUCUAUUUUCAAUUUAUGACCUGAAGAUAAGGUAACAGAUAGAUUACCUUAAAAGUUAAACUUUUUACUGAUUUGAAUUCCAGCCCUGACAUUGAAUUUGAGAAGCUUUUUUUUUAAUUGUCAGUCUCAUACUCAUAUAGGUGUAAUACACAGCUUUUGAUACAUCAGCAUUUGUCAGGAUAUUUGAAAAUAGUAUAACGAUUAUGAUUUUUACAGGCUGCCAUGUCUAAAAUGACUGCAUGCUACUUCUACUUAAAUCUAUAUGCAAAAAAAUCAUGCUUUAGCCAACAUUAAAUGUUACCUACCACCCCAAAACCAACAAUAAGUCAUUAGGUAAGGUUCUCUGUAAAUAGCCAAAAUAGUAAUUUAGUCUCCAAAAAUUAAAAAAUAGGUUAUCUGAAAGAGCAAUUCUUCUACUUCAUACUGUAAAAAUUUGAAGUCGUGAAGUUGAAUAAAAGAAAAGAUAAAGAUACAAGAGUUUCUUGGACACUACUUUUUCGGACUGCUUGGAAGUUUCACUGAGAUUACACAGUCAGCAUGCACAUCUCAUGCUUGAGUGAACCCCAAACUUCAAACCUUGUUUUCUCCUUAUUUUUUAAGCUCUUGCGGAAUUUCCUCUGCAUUCAAUCAAGUACUUGUAAUAGUUAUUGUUGGUCAAUUUUAACAUAUCAUAUAUCAUUUUAAAGCUUAGGAAAUGAAUUUUCAGGUUCAAUAAAAAUCUAAAUAUUCAUUUGGCCCGAAUUAUUGUUGGUUAUUGGGUGGCAGGUCACAAAUCUCACAGGGUUAUGUAUGUUAUUUGAUAUUUCUCCCUUUUCAUGUUGAAUAUCAAAUUAAAUUUGAUAAAAAAUAUUUCAGGGAUAAUUGUAACAUGUGUAAACAUUGACCAUUCCAUUGUUUUAAGAAUGAAGGAUUCCUUCACAUUUUACCUCAUGAGAUACAUAUAUGCAAUAGAUGUUCAAAAAUAAUAGUAAUAUUUCAAUAUUUCUUGAAAGAUUUGAAGGCAUGGUAUUUAUUUUUAAUAACAUGUUCAUAUUUUCCUUAUUCUUAGUGUUCAAAAUGUUCAGAUGUCUAUUUUGAAGAAGAAUUACUUAUUCUGUGAAAAUACAUCCUUAUUUAUUAUGAGCUUAUUUUUCGAGAUUGUGGAAAAUUUUUAAAAUCAUGACUGAAAUCAAAGUAGGUUGAUUGACCUUCUAUAAUCAAGUGAAUUAUAAAUUGCAAAGUAAAUACUUCAUGAGUUGCUUUAGAAAUAUUUCUGCAUAUGAUAAUUAAAAUACCAUUCAAAAUGUUUUCAAGAAAUUGUUCAUACCAAACAAUGUUAAAUGACACUGUUUAAUCAUUUUAUUUCUGUUAUGAUGGUCAGAAAUUUUUUUUAAUGUACAAUAGUAUUUGUUUUAACGUUUUUUUUUUUCUUUAAUAAGUUUGAUUUUAAAGACAGCAAAAUUGCUAGUGGUGGUAUAACCAUAGUCUAAAUUUAAAAAAAUAUAUAUCUCAUUGGAGUUUUCUUGUGGGUACCUAAAAAUCUACAAUAUCCAAAAAAAGAUUUAUUUUAUGAGUGUCAUUGCAGCUAACAUAUGAUGGACCUUACCUUGAAGUUAGGCCUGUGACAUUCCAAAGACUUUAAAUUUCAGGUUUAUAUCUUUUAAAUUCUUCAAUUUACACAUAUAUUCCAGAAUGGAUAUGGCAAGUUCUUCCAAAAUCAUAUCACUGUGGCUUUUAUUUUAUUCAUGCAAUAGUACCCAAAUAAUACACAUUAUUUAGAGGAUUAGUAAGAAUCGUACCCACAAGGAACCUUUGGAAUAGUUCUAACGUGCCUGAGGUGUAGCUGAGGGCAUCUGGACUGUUUCAAAGGUAACAGCUUGGUGUAAUUACUCUUAUGCCUGAGCAAAAUUAUGUGUAUUUGUAUAUGUUCUAUUUGAUAGUUUGGUUUUUUUUUUGAUAAAUAAAUCAUUCUCAUCUCAUAUUCAUGACCAUUCAAUAGAACUAGGCAGGAGUACCAGUCAUUUCCUGUUAGCAUAAAUAAUUGAAUGUUUGUGUUAGAAAUUUUAGUCAGUCAUUUGGUUAGGAUCCAUAUAGCAAUGGUAUGAUAAUUUUACUACUUAUUGUAAAAUUCUAUGCAAAUUUGUGCAUUUCACAAUCAUUUUGCCUCAUUUUGUUAAGUCACAUUAGACACUUUUGCAUACAAGAAUGAAAAUAUGAUUGCUUGGGAGUAUUAAUUAUCAAUACCCUUAUGUAGGUUUUUCUUUGUAUUCAUGGUACAUUAUUACCAUGAAGUUACAUGUAUGAUGUAGUAAAUCAGGUAAAUAUAUAGCCUUUGUAGUUGAAUGAGAUGCAAGGAUUUGAAUUUUAUGUCAAAUGGGUUACAUUUCUAGUUAAUGCUCAGGAAUUUUAAUUUGUCUUUCACAAAUAUUCCAUGAUAUGGUUAUUCCAUGCCAAAGGAUUUAACCAUGGAGAUGCUAUCUGAUUUUAAAUUUCUUGUUGUGAAAUCAUAGUAUUCGUAGUAAAUUAAAAACCCAUUCUAGAUCUAGUAUGCUCCAGAGGGAGUGGAGAAAGUAUAUACAUUGGGUGAUUUCAAGUCCGGUGUUGGUGUUAGUGUUGAAAUUUGGAUUGCUUCCCCUAGCUCCAAAACCUAUUCUGAGUUUGUAAAACUGAUCCAGAUCACAUUAUUGACAUCUCAACAACCAAUGAGUGACUUUUCUGGACUAUCUUCAUUUUAUGUUUGGUGUUAUACUCAUGUAAAAAUUGACCUAACACUGACACCAAAACGUCAACACUGAACUUGAAAUCACCCAUUCGGGCAAUGCAGUGGAAGAUGACAUGGAUCUCGUAACAGUAAGUUUAGCAAUUAAUUGCUAAAUGCAAUGGCCUAUCAAGAUCAUCGUUGCAUGUGCAUUUUGCUCAGUAGACUAACUAGGAACUAAUCAGAAUUGUUCUUUUAAACUUAGCGAUGAGAUAACCUUUGUGUUACAGGCCCUGGAUAAUGUUUUGUUCCAAUGUAUUAAUAGCUACUUAAAAUGGAACAUUGUUAAUAUUUGUAUUACUUAGGAUAUAUUUCAUGUGUUGAUAGUUAUUAAAUGAUACACAUGAAUGAGGACAUUAUUAUGAACUAUCCAUGCACAAUACCAGUAAAAUAGUUUUCAUAUGCAUAAGGCGAUAUCAGAUGGUCUGUAGACUGUAAUUUACUAUUAAAAUGAUGUGUUUUAUAAGUGAUGUUUUAUAAGAUUAUUUAAAUAUUAAGUGCCAGAAUGGAAUGGCAUAUUUCAGAACCAUGGCCGGUCAUAAAUUAUUACUUAUGAUCUGGUUGUAAGUAAAGUUACAGAUUUGGAAAUAUAAAAGCCUGGUCACAUGACCACAUUUGUCUCAUCACUUGAUUAGAAUCUAUUUCAUCCAUCCUAAUAUAUACAUAUAUUUUUUAAUUCGCUCGUUUUUUUUUACAGUUUUUGGUUGAGUGUGUGUUUCUGUUUUUACUUAGUAGUAGUUUUUAGACUACUAGUUGAUUGAAAGAAAAAAAUCAAAUUUAUAUGUUUGUUUGAUUGUUGUAAAGAAAAUUUAUCAAAUUGUCUAAUUUAUGUGUCUAAUUAACUUAAUAAAUCUUGGAUAUUUGCAAUGUGUGUAAUUGUAUACAAACUUAUCAACUACAUUUUUAGAUCAUGAUAAAUAUUUCCUAAAUGUGAUACAUGUAUAAUAUUGUGCUAUUAACCAAAGAAAAAUAUUUUUUACAUUCCUACUGCAAAUAGCCUUUCAGACGUCUUUCACAUACUUGUUGUAUUUUCAUAACAAUGGCAGAUAUUCAUGAACCAUGGUAGAUACGUAAGGGUAUGCAUUGCAAGUCGAGAGCAUUAUUGUAUUCUGACGCUCUUAUUUGCUUUAGUUUGAACUCUCAGUGGCUCUUGCAAGAGACUUAUCAGAUUUAUUGUAAAUAUGCAAUUACGUGUAACUGCAAAUCCUAUUGAUAUUAACUGAAAUGAUUGCAACUGAUACAAGUGUGUUUGUUAAGUUUCUUGCAGGGCCCUUUAAUAUUAUCCCCAAUAUGGAGACAUCUCACAUAUAAUUUUUUCUCUUAGGAUUUGGAAAGAGUUUUUGUUUUUCUUGCAAUGCACAAAGCAUCAGUCAUUUAACUUCAUAUUUUAAUAGCCUUAUGAUUACAAUAUGGAUAUUCCAAUGUAUGUACAUUUUUGUGUAAUGCUGCAUUAAACAAUUUGUGAAAUAAACGAAAGUUCAUGUGCUAUAUAUAGAGCCGUUUAUCAAAACUUGAACUAAAUUACAAAAUAUGAGGAAUUAUUAUAAGUUAAUUUAUUUGUAAUUAUGAGAUAUAAUGAUUAUUAUUUAGGGGCACAGUCCUGUUUUACAUUCAGUGGACGUAGAAUAUUUGCUAAAACCAUCAAAUCAUAUAAAGAGAGUAAUGAAUUUUUAAACUUUUCAUUUGUGACGUCAUAUUCAAGCAGCUCAUUCAUUUGUUAUGAAAUAUAAGUUUUUUUUAGAAUUUUA